UCAUCUUUAUGAGAAAGAGCAAAACAGAGAGAUAGGAGAGAGAGGAGGGAUCGGCCCGCAAAUCCCAAUCCCUAACAGCCAUGAGAGUCCUUCAUCCCACAAACCAUCCAUCAAAGUCGGGCACAGCCCCAGCUGAGGACGACCCUGACGCAACCCGACCCACUAUGCUCGGCCUGGGCAUGUCGGUGGCCGGCGGUCUACGGAAGAAGGGGCUUGGCGUGCGGCCAUGGUUGCUUCUGGACUCGAGCGGGCAAGCCCAGGUGGUAGAGGUCGGCAAGCACGCCAUCAUGCGGCGUACAGGUCUACCCGCUCGGGACCUUCGGAUCCUGGACCCGCUUCUUUCAUACCCGUCUACGGUUCUGGGUCGAGAGCGAGCUAUCGUGAUCAACUUGGAGCACAUCAAGGCCAUCAUCACCGCCCAGGAGGUCCUGCUGCUCAAUUCCCGAGACCCUUCUGUGACUCCAUUUAUUGAGGAGCUUCAGCGGCGGCUUUUGCGCCACCACCAAGCCACCACCAAACCCGCAAAAACCCAGGAGGGCAAUGGCGAAGAAUCGAAUUGGUAUGGCAUGGAAGAAGCAGAGGCAGAUGCACAGGUGAGAGGAGCGGCUGGUGGAAAUGGGGAAGGGGAGGCAACUGGGAAGCAAGGUCUGGAGGAUAAUCGUGAUGGUUUGAAGGUCCUGCCUUUUGAGUUUGUUGCAUUGGAGGCAUGCCUUGAGGCUGCUUGCAGUGUCUUAGAGAAUGAAGCACGGACAUUGGAACAAGAAGCUCAUCCAGCUUUAGAUAAGCUCACUUCAAAGAUUAGUACUCUCAAUUUAGAACGCGUCCGCCAAAUCAAGAGUCGCUUGGUUGCAAUUACCGGCCGUGUUCAGAAGGUGAGGGAUGAACUAGAACACUUGCUUGAUGAUGACGAAGAUAUGGCGGAAAUGUAUCUAACUGACAAGUUGGUUCAGCAACAUCUUGAAAAUUCGUCCACUUCCUCCUUGGGUGAGAGAGAUGACAUGGAUCCUGAAGCUCCACGAUCAGACAUGGAUGACAGGGAUCCAACUGAAAUUUCAACGGAAGCUGGUGGGGAUCCCUUGAAUUUUGAUGGUGAUCCUCAAAACAGUGAUAACCACCGGCAUCAAGAUCUUAGAAGGGACAGCCAUGUGACCACAACUAGCUCCUCACAUAGUGCUAUGGGAAAGGUCCUUGAUGUAGAAGAGCUGGAAAUGCUUUUGGAGGCAUAUUUUGUGCAGAUUGAUGGUACACUAAACAAGCUAUCCACGUUGAGGGAGUAUGUUGACGACACGGAGGAUUACAUCAACAUAAUGUUGGAUGACAAACAGAACCAUCUCCUGCAAAUGGGGGUCAUGUUGACAACAGCAACCCUCGUUGUGAGUGCCUUUGUUGUUGUAGCUGGUGUCUUCGGCAUGAAUAUCCAAAUUGAUCUAUUUGAUAAAGAUAAAGCAGGGAUGCGAGAGUUCCUCUGGACUAUCGGUGGCAGCACUGGCGGGACCAUAUUCUUAUAUGUGAUAGCUAUUGGAUGGUGCAAGCAUAAGCGCUUGCUGGAGUAGUGAGGACAGGCUGUUUAUUAUCAAGAACGUACCUAAAACGGAAGUGUAUGCUGUGUUUUGGUAGACGUCCUUUGGCGACACCAGCACUACUCUAUGCAGCUUCUUCGUUUACCGUACGUAAUGCCAAUAUGCAUGCAAUAAAUAUGCACAUUCGCAUUGUACUUUGUUUUCGUAAGAGAAUAAUGUUUCAGGAUGUGGAGGAGGAUCUAUAUGGUUCGAUCCCUCCUCCUACCUUGUGCUUCCUGACCAUUAACUGGAAUACUAGUCGAGGAACUGAUGAAGAAAGUGUCGAAGUUUGAGGAAUCUUAGGCGGCCUGAAUUGGCAGAACUUAACUCACAAUGUAUCCUGUUUGACAUUUUGAGUUUUACAUGUAACAAACUUGAAUUUGAG